AUGUAUCAGUCGGCGAAGGAACUUCUGCAACCAGCAACCUGGUCUACAGAGCCAAAUGCGUCUAAACAUGAAUACGAUCACUUGAACUUUACCUUCGUCGUGCAGGUGCUGCUUUCUCUGGUGUCCUUGGCCACGGCCACGCCCGUGAUCGUGAACCAGGAUCAAAACGCGUACCACCCUCAGCUCUACGGAGGUUUCCAUCCGAUAGAAAGGUCCGACCAGGAGACCCACGGCACGUCCGGGGGUGGUGGUUACGGCGGUGGCGACUACGGCGGCGGAAGCUACGGCGGCGGAAGCUACGGCGGCGGAAGCUACGGUGGCGGUGAUUAUGGCGGCGGUGACUACGGCGGCGGAAGCUACGGGGGCGGCGGUAGCUACGGAGGCGGCUAUGGAGGCGAUUUGGGAGGUCAUGGGGGCUUCGAGGGAUCCUCCGGAGGACACUUGGAGGUUUCCAGUGAUCACUUGGGCUCGGAUUACUCCUCCCUCGGCGGCGGAUACGAGGGUGGAGACCACGGUGGCGGCGGUGUCUCCCUCGACGGCGGACACAGCGUGGUCCAGAGCGUGCCUGUGUCCGAGCACGUCGAAGUCACGAAACCUGUGCCCGUCAAAGUGAUCAAGCACAUCGGGGUGCCAGUUCCUCAAAUCUACAAGAUAGCCGUGCCCCAUCCGGUGGCCGUGGGUGUUCCUCAGCAGUACCCGGUGGCCCAGCCGGUCCCAAGGCCUGUACCCGUGCAGAUCGUGAAGACCGUGGUGGUUCCGGUCGAGAAAAAGGUUCCGUUCCCCGUGGAGAAGCACAUCCCAGUGCCGGUGGAGAAGCCGAUUCCUAUCACGAUCGAGAAACACGUGCCAGUGCCGGUCAUCAAACCGUACCCGAUCAAGAUCCCCGUCUACAAGACGAUAUAUCACCACGCGAAGAAGCACUAG